AUGAGCUGGUGCCAACUGCUGAUCCGAGCAGCUUGUGUCGCAACGUGCGUCGUGGCGUCAGCGCAUGCAGAGGAUGCUGUACUACAGCGCGUGCAGCGUGGACAGUCCAAGGCGGCCCAUGCCACACUUCUAGUAGGAGGCCUUGUACGCAACGCAGCACAGCACUUGCCGCGGCUGCGCAAGAAGCUUGAAUCCCUUGCCGAUCAUUUUGCGAGAGUCCGAGUUGUUUUUGUCGAGAACGACUCCAGCGAUGGUACCGGCGCGUAUUUGGACAGCUGGGCCAAGGCUCCAACAGGAAGAGUCACAUUGAAGGCAAUCCGCCUAACUCUGUCGCAGGACAAGCGAGUCGGCGUGUACAGAAACCGGGGUGAGUUGAAAGCGAAGGGAUGGGGCCACGACGGCGUGCGCCUCUUGGCUCGGCUUCGAAAUAUGUACCUGGCCGAGCUGCGGAAGGAAGUGGAGGGGAGCACCCAGGUGGAGGGCCCAGAGAGGAGUUUUGAGAAUUAUUGGAUCUUAAUGGUUGAUGCUGAUGUUGGAACGGAGUGGUCUGCAUCAUUUCUGCUGGAAGCUAUAGGUCACGAGGCAAGAUGGCAUGCCCUUUGUGCUCAUUCCUGGUACCGCUCAACAGACCUUUAUGACGCAUUCGCGCUGCGUGCUGCGGGUGUACAAAGCUUGUCUCCCCUGAAUUUUGAAGAAGGGACCGGAAGGAGCUUCUUCCCUCAUGCGCUAUGUGGCUUGCAGAGGCAAUGGGGCGAGCACUGUGGCUGCGGGAUGGGGUGGUCACAUCAGGGCAAGACAUGCAGCUCAUGUGACGCAUCUGCUACGGCUCGCUCACUACUUCCUGUCGACAGCUGCUUCGGGGGCUUGGCUCUCUAUCACGAGAAUCUUCUGCACAAGUUCAAGGCUUGUCGAUAUGAUGAAGGUCUUGAUGACUGCGAACACGUGGCCUUGCAUAGCUGCAUGAGGUCUCAGAAGGCCGUCAUAGUCCUGCAGCCCGACUUUGUUGCCCGUGCAAGUGCCGCGAACAGCACGUGCUGCGUGGAAACGUGUCAUCAAGCGGAGUCUUUUCCAAUGUCCUUCCUGCCGUUUCAGCCUCAGUUCUUCACAUCGCGGGUGGAUCGGGUGGAUCGGGUGGCAGGGUUGCUGGCAGCAGGAAUGUCACUCGAGGAAGCGGGGCAGUUGCAGGCGGCCCUUGAGAAGUAUCAAGAAGCUGCGCGGCUGCCUACAGGUGCCGCCUUAGGUUUGAAACGCUGGGCUGCGCGUGCUGGGCUUUUUGGUGCGUUUCUCCUGCUGCAGUACAAGCAGGCCGACAAGGCCAUGCUCCUUCUCACACAAGGAACCGGCCUUCUGGCAAACGUUGAUCCCUGGGCGUCUAUGAUAGCAGGGCACGUGCACGAGUUGCUGGACGACUUGCGAGGCGCGGCUGCGUGGUUUGAAAAAGCACUCCAGGCCUUCGAAUCAUGGCCUGGUGCUCCCACUGAAGAGAGACAACAGGCUUGGAAUGGAGCAUGGAUGAAAUCGCGACUGUCCUGGCUACCGGCCACCCACACCUCGACACAGGAGGCCCUCGAGGCGAUUCGAAACUUCACUGCAGGGCUCAGCGAGAUCGUGCUUUCUGCGAGCUCAUGUGGCAUUCCCGCAGCAUUCGAUACCCGUUCCGUAGAGACGACUCGGCUAACUUACCUCGGGCCAGCGCUCGUUCCCCACGUGCCCGAGCUUGCAUCUGUGUACUCACGAGUGCAUCUGCGUUCGCUCCCAAACCUGGGCUUCGAGGGCUUCGAGGCCGAUCCUGCAGCUUUGCAAGCUGAUCAAACUGGUUCUGCUGGCAAAUCCAAGUCUGCACAAGUUCGAGUUGGAUUUGUUUCCGGUCUUUUCGGCGACAGUGCUGUGGGAAACCUCGCCAGAGGAAUCAUUUGGCCUCUGCCGAGAUCUGUCUGGGUCGCCCUCGUGUGUCUUGGAAGCUUGAAGCGGAGUUCGAAUUCUUCGGAGAGUUCCGGGAUGGUCGUGCAAGCCUUGCUGGAGCGCGCGGACCAUGUGGAAGAAGCAUCGCACUGGGCGGGUGCCUCGCCUGGAACGGAGAAGGAGCUGGCUCGCGCCAGGGAGGCAAUCUUGAAGCUCAGGCUCGAUUGUCUGUUGUAUUUGGAGAUUGGGCUGGAUGUACGAAGUUUCACUUUGGCUCACAGCCGGUUGGCACCGAUACAGAUGGUUACCUAUGGCCAUGCUUCCACCACUGGAAUUCCGACCAUCGAUGUCUUUCUAGGCUUCCGGGCUUUCGAGCCAAACCCAAGCUGGAUUGCACAGCGGCAAUACAGCGAGCAGCUCGUUCUGUUGCCAGGCCUUCCCUUCUUCUUGCCAAGCACAGUCCCUCAGGAUCCUCAAGCUGACCCCUCUCCGCUGCAGUGGGCCUCUCUGAUGGGUCUGUCUGUUGCUGGCACCUGCAACUUGCAGGCACAUGUAUAUCUGGUGGCGCAGACGCUGUACAAGCUCGUGCCGCUCUUUGACGAAGCCCUGGUGGGAAUUCUGCAGAAGGAUGCGGAGGCUGUGGUGGCAAUCCGGGUGGGCCAUCCCCAGCCUCAAAUCCACACGCGAAUUGCUUCAAGGCUCUCAAGAGACUCGAGGCUGGAGCCUUCUCAGCUGGCUCGUGUGUGCUUCAUCCCGAUGCAGAAUGCCAGCACGUAUUUCUGGAUGCUGAAGCAUGCAAGCGUGGUUCUCGACACAUUCCCUCAUGGUGGUCACACAACCACCCUUGAUGCCUUGAGCGCCGGUGUGCCAUUGGUAACCCUGAAAGGUGAACAUCUUGCUGGCGGUUUCGCCGCAGGGUUCAUCCAGGCUUUGUUCGAGAACAAGAGCAUACAAGACGAUUUAAGCAGCUGCUGCGUGGCACUGACGACCUCUGACUAUGUGGAGAAAGCUGUACAUUUAGCAUCUAGCCCCGACUACUAUGAGCAGGCAGCUUGGUGCAGCAUGAGAGGCAUUGUUUCUGUUGGGGCAUGUAAUGCGUGCAAGGCCCUGCAACCCUGCCAACUUUUGCCUUUCUUUGGUGCCACCUGUUCCAAAUGUGCUGCAUGCAAGAAGGUUGGUAUGUGGAUCAAAAGCCACGUGUCUCAAGUCUUUCACCGCCGUGAUGGAGCAGAAGGCUUGGCGCAGAUGUUGCUGUCGCUUCGCGAAGCGGCGAAGGAUGCCAAGAGCUCAAAAGAUGCAGUCACACUCUUCGGGCCCCUGUACCUCCGAGAUCCUACGCAGUUCACUUGGGGCAUCUUUCCGAUGGCAUUGCAUCCGCGCAGCUGGCGACAAGCUUCUUCAGAAAACUCCACUGCACGGACAAUUCCACAUCAGUCCAUCUGGCCUCUGCACGUUGUGGGCAUCCGGAACCCGCACCUCCCAGCCGAGGAGGUUGUCCAAGAGAGCUUCACAACCGCCCUGGCCGGUCACGGGGGCCUGGCAGUGGCCUUCUGCUGCGCCUCCGUCUCUCUCGUCGAGCUGCUCUCCUGGGCUCCCCAAAUGGUGGAAGUCCUUCGUGAGCAUGGUUCCCAUGGUUCCCAUGGUUCCCAUGGUUCCCAUGGUGGGCAGGGUGGGCAUGGACAAGUCUGGCUCGGCCUGGCUCACCACGCUUACCCUACUGCAACUGCGCGGCAGUUGCCACUGCUGCCACUGUCAGUCAUCUACCUGCUUACAUCGGAUCUGCAGCUCCGGGCGGUGUCUCUGGAAUUUUGUGUGGCAGAACCACAGCCUGAUGCGGAUGUGUUGAAUUGGAGAUUUGGGCCCAAUUCCUGCAAAUUCAAGCCGACAUCCUUGUCCAUCUGGCACGAUGCCGCGACACACUCUUUCGAGCUGCUUCUUUUGGACGACACUUCCCUCGGAGCGGCGCUCCCGGCAUCGGUACUGGGAGCUCUGCUCCAUCCUCUCAAAGCCGUUCCACUUGGGCCACCGGUGGAAGUAAACGGCUUGCGCUGA